UUGGAUGCUCUUUUACUUCCUGCACUCAGUAGGCAUCAGAGGAUUCAGAGGGUUGCCUUGAUGGUGCCCUGCGGGGCCGAUGCGUUCUGUCGCGCUGCAGAUCACAGGCUUGGUGGUGGGCCUUUCGGCCGAAGGGACGCUCCCCAUCCUCGUGGCCGCGGGAGACCUUGGAGUUCUCGAUGCCAAUGCUUCGGCUCGGAGGAUGCAGGUGGCGCACACCUUUCUGAUGUCCGAGCUACGCUGCGAGUGGUGCUGCAAGGAGGAGUGGCGCUCGUGCCUUUGCAUGUUGAGCUGCGAUAUCCUUCAGGACCAGUGCCAGGGGGUCACGGCGGUGGAGACGUGCAACGUGCUCCGUGGGUGCUACGAAAGGAUCGAUGAGGCAUCGCCCAAAGGCUUCGACUUCGAUUGGCAGUGCAAGCUGAUGCAGUGCAUGGCCUAUUGCCUGAAGCAUGAAGAGGUAUGUAACCCCAUCCAUCAACGCUUCAUGGAGAUUUGCCACCAAGCGCGACAGAAUGAAUUGGAUACUUGUGGCGUGGUGUGCUCGAGCGCCUGGAGGCUUCUCGCCUGGCCAGUGAGUUGGGCAUUUCUUCUUUGGGGUGUCCAAAGUUGAUGCCUCAGACGAGGAACUGCGGUUCCUUGUUGCAUCCUAAGCGGACGAGGUUUCAAACGAUACUUUGGUCGUUGUGGCCUUUCUUUUUUCUGCUUCUGAACGUGCGUUCCACACCGGUGACUUCAGUCGCCAAAAAUGAUUUGUACUGUUUUUGUAUAUAUCAUGGUGAUUUCUUCUGGUCUUCUUGCGGUGCGCUGGGCUGAUGGAAGAUAAUCUCUGGUGGGUCAAUAUCAAGUCCUGCCUGCAAGUCUAUUUGUAGUAUUUUUGAACGUCUUCCAGAUCCAUCGCCGUGGAACUUUGCAGAUCGAGCUAUGUCAGUGACCGGAAAGCAGGAUGUGGAAAC